AUGACAGAAAGUUUCGCUGCAUCAAAUCAACCUGAAAAUAUACAUUUGCAAGAUACAUAUUCAAAUUCUAAUAAUAACGAUAAUAGUCAUAAUCACAGUAGAAAACAAAAACGUCGCCCAAUGCAAACAAGUUCGCAAGACGCUCGCUAUAGCCAUCGAGCACAACAACAACAACAACAACAGCAACAACAAUCACAACAACAACAAUACCAACAUCAAUAUCAACAACAACAAUGGUAUCCAAAUAAUAUGUAUUAUGAUGACUAUUAUUAUGGGCAACCACCUUCACGUGGAGGUCGCUACAAUCACAAUCAACAUCCUCAAAAUCAUCAAAAUCAUCAUCAACAACAACGACGACCACAAUUCCGUCAUCCAGCUUCAUCACAGUCACAUCAACAAGUAACUACUCGUCCGAAUAGUAAUUCAUCAGGACGAACAACUGUUGAAGCAGAAAAUCUUCGUUCAAUAUUAAACGAACAAUUAUUAGAAAAUACUUAUGAGUGUAUGAUAUGUAUAAUUAAAAUUGAUCGACAUGAAGAAAUAUGGUCAUGCGAUAUAUGUUAUAAAAUGUUUCAUUUAAAUUGUAUUAGAAAAUGGGCUAAUUCAGAAGAAAGUGGUACAGAUAAGAAUUGGCGUUGUCCAGGCUGUCAAUAUUCUUAUUCAACAAAUCCAAUUUAUACCUGUUUUUGUCAUAAACGUGUUAAUCCAGUAUUUCAACCUGCUGAUACACCACAUUCAUGUGGUGCUGAAUGUGCUAGACGAUUAAAUAUAAAAUCUAAUGAUUGUAAUCAUCGUUGUUCAGAACUUUGUCAUCCAGGUCCUUGUCCAACAUGUACAGCAAUGAUAAAACGUUCUUGUUUAUGUGGACGAGAAACUCGUACUAUUAUGUGUAGUUCAAAUUUAAUAAUUAAAUGUGAAAAUAAAUGUGGAAAACGUAAAUCUUGUCGACAUCACAAUUGUGAAUUGAUUUGCCAUCCACGAGAAUGUGAACCAUGUGAUCAAUUAAUUAAACAAACAUGCUCAUCACAUGGAACUGAACGAGAAGUUUUAUGUACUUCGGAAACUGGAGGUACAACUACAUUUACAUGUGGUGAAUCAUGUGGAAAAUUACUUCAAUGUGGUCAUCAUAAAUGUACAAAAACAUGUCACGAUGGACCAUGUCCUGAUUGUUUAUUACUACCAGAAAAUUGUAAAACAUGUGCAUGUGGAAAAACAACUAUGGAUAAUCACCAACGAACAUCAUGUCUUGAUCCAUUACCAACUUGUGAGAAAUCAUGUGAAAAAAUUCUUUCAUGUGGUCCAAUAGAUGAUCAUCAUCGAUGUUCAGCUCAAUGUCACAAUGGAUUAUGUCCACCAUGCGAUAAACAAUCAAUUCUUCAGUGUCGCUGUGGACAAUCAAGUAAAUCUACAUCAUGUAUAGAAGCUGCACAGUAUGAUCCAAUAAGAAAUCCAUUUUGUUGUGAACGACGAUGUAAUAAAAAGAAAUUAUGUUUAAAACAUCGAUGUAAUGAAUUAUGUUGUGAUCGUGAUAUUCAUGUUUGUGAAAUAGUCUGUGGUAAACCACUUAAUUGUGGUGUUCAUCAAUGUGAAGAAUUAUGUCAUAAAGGGUUUUGUCGUAAAUGCCCAGUAAAUAGUUAUGAUGAAUUAACAUGUCAUUGUGGACAAACUAUUCUUCAACCACCUAUUGCAUGUGGUACACAACCUCCAGUAUGCAAUUAUAAAUGUAAUCGACAACAUACAUGUGAUCAUCCAGUUUAUCAUAGUUGUCAUAACGAAAGUGAAUGUCCACCUUGUACACAUCUUGUUUCAAAAAUGUGUGUUGGAGAACAUACAUUACGUAAUAGUGUUCCUUGCCAUUUAAGAGAAGUACUUUGUGGUCAACCAUGUGGUAAACCACUUCCAUGUGGAGUUCAUACAUGUCAACGUGCAUGUCAUUCGGGUCCAUGUCAAUUAGUUGAUCAAAAAUGUACACAACGAUGUACUAUAAAAAGACGUGAAUGCGGUCAUCCUUGUAAUGCACCAUGUCAUGGAUAUGAACCAUGUCCCGUAAAAACAACAUGUCGAGAAACAAUUAAAAGUCGUUGUCCAUGUGGUCGACUAGUAAAAGAUAUUGUUUGUAAUGCGAAAUCUAAUGAAUCAAAUGAAGGAAGAGAUGAUAAUGAUUUAACUCAAUCGCUUGUUCAAGCAUUCUCUGUUCGUACAAUAGAUUUAUCACUGGCACGAAAACAACAGCAUCAACCAGUACAAUUAGAAUGCGAUGAUGAAUGUCGUAUUAUACAACGAAAUAAAAAUUUAGCUCAAGCUUUAUCAAUUAAUCCCGAUGAAUCACGACAAACACCACUUGUUUAUACAGAUUUUUUACGUGAUUAUGCAAAGAAAAAUUUAGAAUUUGUUAAAACUAUUGAACGACAAUUUACAGAACUUGUUGAAGAUACUCAACGUCAUCGUGUUUCAAAACGAUGUCAUUCAUUUAAACCAAUGAAAAUCAAUGAACGUCACUUAAUACAUGAAUUAGGAUCAUUCUAUGGUCUUGAAACACAAGCAAUGGAUCCUGAACCAAAUCGAAAUGUUGUUGCAUAUGCAUCUUAUGGCAUGUGUAAAAUUCCAAUAAUUACAUUGAGUGAAACAAUUCGACGAGAAAAACUAAAAGUACCACCUCCUAUAACACUAAUACAAAACUAG